AUGGGCGUCGAACUCCUGCUGCUGCCGCUGCCGGCCCGCCUGUUCGCCUUCCUGCUGCUCAACGCCUUUCUCGUGGCGUGGGCGCGCGCGACAUCAUGGUGGCUGCCACCCGGCCUGCCGCGCCUCUUGGCGGCGUCGCCCAUUUUCGCCGCCACGUUCCUGGCGCCGGCGCUGUUCGACCCCGCCAAGGAGAUCAUCCUGUACGACUACUGCGUGGUGUGCUACCUGUGGCUGGUAAAUUGGAAGGUGGCGGGCCUGGCGCUUGAUCGGGGCCCGCUGGUGGGGAGGAGGGGAGGGGAGGGGACGCCACCGGUCGUGUUCGCGGCGCUGCUCCUGCUGCCUGUGAACAUCCGGGCCGGAAAGGGAGGGAGGGAUGGCGGGGCCGACGCGGAAGGUGCGAAGGGGGCGAGGUGGAGCAAGUCGGGAGGGACCACCAAGGAUUUCUUGAUGAGGGGGAGCUUGAAGGUUUGCCUUGUCACUACUCUGGCCUAUAUAACACUCAAGAUUUGGGAUCGCUUCCCGCUGCUUCGAGACGUCGCCCUUGUGUGGAUACUCUUCUUCAUGGUGUCCAUGGUGAUGGAUGUGCUGGCCUCCAUAUCCAUCGCUGUGCUCAACUUGGAGUUAAUGCCACAUUUUGAGAGACCCUGGCUCUGCACGUCUCUGUCUGACUUCUGGGGCAGCCGGUGGAAUCUUGUUGUAGGAAAGAUGCUCAGGGACAUGAUUUACUGGCCCAUAUGCGAAGGGAGGUUCGUUGGGCGCCCUGGGACCAAGGGUGUCACUACUGGCCACUCUCACGCCACCCACGCUCGCCAGGCCAUCGGUGUGCUUGCCACAUUUGUGGUCAGCGGUGUGAUGCACGCGCUGCUCAUCAUGUACAUUAGCGGGGCGUUCGGAUGGAAGAAUCUUUUGUACUUUGUCGUCAAUGGGUGCGCCGUCCUGGGCGAGAGGCUGGCAAAAGACACAGUGGGCAGGAAAAAGGCGGUGCGGAAUGUGAUGGCGCGAAUCCCGGCGUGGAUGCGCACAGUGUACACGUUGGGAUUCCUGCAUGUGACGUCCCACUUUUUGUUCUGGCCUGAAGUCCUCGACAUGAGCAGCGACGUCAUCAACACCAUCAACGUCUUUGUGCCUGGCGCCCGAUGA